AUGAAUGGGAUCAUAUGCAGAGUAAAGAGUUUCAUGGGCAUCAAUCGCGUGGAGACCAAAGAAGGCGAAGAGAUUCCACCAAAAAACAUGACUGAAGUUAUUCAGAGUUUACCGGAGUCCUAUCAUAAAUAUAUGGGUGAGGAACUACCUUAUCGACGAGCAUCUGCUCUAACGUUUAUCGCUAUUGUGCUUGGCAUGGGUACGCCUCUGUGGUAUCACACAACAAGAACCUACAGAGCUCCGUUCGUUGUUUUUCCCAAAAGCCAGACGGUCUCGUUUAAUGUUCAGAUCCAUCUUACUGUAACAGAUGCAAUCCUUGAGCCGGAAUUAAAUUCUAUGUGUCAAAAUCUUUCGUCAAUGUUGUUGGAGGGCGAAGUUAAGCCACCACUUGACAUUUGGUGGGAAGUAUUAAAUCAAGGAGUGAGAGAGCUGCGUGCUCUGGAAAAUGAUCGCAUGGAGCCAUCCGAUUUGCUCGCUGUACAUGUUGCUGUUGUUCCACUUGAACAAUGGUCCCAUUUUUCUGCUGUCACAGUAUUCCUUGAUCGUGGUCGCUGGGCUUUCCUACAGUAUACCGUAGACUCAAACAGGUUAAUGGAAAGGCUUCAAAGUCUUGUUUGGGAGGUGAUGGUAGAUGUUCCUCAUAUGAAUGAGAUUGUAAAGCGAGACAUUCGAGAGAGGUUGCAACCUUGGCAGAUCACAGCGCUUUCACCUUCACAUCAGAAACGUCUUGUGUGGGAUUCAGCACCUCUUUCCAUGAACUACAUUGUGCAAGUGAUCCAUGUGCACGACAAUGCUUCUCCAUCUGAUACAUAUUCGAAGGAUAUCGUUAACGUGCUUGAAGUUUUCAUCGAUUCUCAAUUGCAAUCUGUUGAGUCAUCAUAUCCUGUGCUAAAAAUCGUGAUUAUGGAGGUGGAUGCACCUGUUAUCAUGUUGGAUCCAUUUGGCGAAGACAGCCGUGGAGUGGCUGUUGCGUCUUGGGGAGCCAUAAUUCCACGGAUUUGCGUCGGCGAAACUUCAGAAGAUCCACAGACGGCUGCAAGGAUCUUGUCAGCUUUAAGAGUGUUACUAGGUGUGGAUAGCGACUUACCAGCGUCGUGGAAACGGGCUCCCGUGCCUCUUGCAGACUGGGAAAUCGAGAGAAUGCGCCUUCGAGCCAUUCUUGAUAAUGCGAUGCGGGCAAUAUCUGCUGUAAGUGCUUUAAAGGCCUUAACAGAGAAAAUCACAAACGUCGUUAUCAACGACGAUGUAGCCGCUCGAGCGAAUGAAGCCGUUCACUUGGUGCAAGCAGGUUUGGAAAGUCCUGGUGCGCCACAAUUGAACAAAAACAAUUUGUUCUAUCGUAUCAUCUCUAACAGCAAUUUCAUUCAGAUUUCUGCUGGUCGAUUCUUAGCCGACGAGGCGCUGUCGCAUCCGUCAUUGUUGUCAUUGCUGUACUUUCCGAAGGAUCAAACAAUGGCUGUGUACCUUCCAAUCAUGUUGCCGACUCUGAUUCCAUUGUUUGGAUCAGCUUUAGCACUCUGUAAGUGGGCACUAGGAUGGUCUUAG